AUGUGUGUGGCAUGCCAGAGCGCCAGCGAGGGGCAAGCAGGGUGUGCACUCGUGCUCUUCCGAGACGAUCCUGCGGUGAACGCAGACGGCCAAGUUUCACACCUAGCAGGCAGAAUUAGUUGCGAUUCGAUCGCGAAUGCCUUGCCGUUGCACGGGGCAGGUUGCGAUAGGUGGGGCGAGGCACUGGAGGACGAGGAGGCGGAGGAAGGAUUGGUCCAGAGGGCGGCGGGAUACGACUGGAGAUCCCAACGUCGUUGGCUGCGCUUGGGCGCGCGCGGCGACGACUCCACGAUUGGCAAAUGCCCCAGACGACUCCGCGUGCGCAGGUAUUUUUAA